AUGGAUCAGGUCUUCAGGAUGAGGGCCGCACCGCAGGCCUCUCGGAUCUCCCCCACUCUGCACUCGGGGAUCGCGCUGAGGGCCAGCACCUCUAGUACCAGCACCGGCGCCAGUCCCGACGACACCUCCUCCGACUCGCCAGACUGGAUGGCCGACCCUUCGGAUCGGUCGCCGCCCGAGGAUCUCGAUGCGCACAGCGAACUAUAUCCCCGAUCGCAUGCGUUCGAUUGUUCCUCGGCCUCGGCGGCAUUCGGGCUGGAUCGGCAUGCGCAUUUCGACAUGGACGAUGCUCUACCCAAGGUGGAGGAGUUGGACGACGAAGAUAUACAAAGUAUCAAGCCGUCGGAUGUGGGGACUGAGCACGAGCAUGAUAAUCCCGCGGGCGCUCCCGCCGCCGUUCCACGGAAACGUGGACGACCGCGCAAACACCCGCUGCCGGCACCAGGCGGCCAGGUCAAGGUCACCAAGGGUCGGUCCAAGACCGGUUGUAUUACCUGCCGUCGUAGGAAGAAGAAGUGCGACGAGACCAAGCCAGCGUGUCUCAACUGUCAGAAGAAUGCCGUUGUUUGUGAAGGGUACCCGCCGAAGGAAAUAUGGAAGAGCGGACGGCAAAAGAUGGCCGACGCCGUCCGAGGCCAGUCCCUCGUCACCGUCCCGCGCAACCUCCCCCUCCUCAUCGAUGGGAUUGAAACCGAGAUCGACCGCCGUUUUCUCGACCACUUUGUCUAUGGAUUUAGUCGGGUGUUGACUCUCAUCAACGAUGACUCGAACCCGUUCAAGGAAAUCUUGCUGCCCAUGGCAACCCAGCACCGCGGGCUCAUGCAUUCGCUCAUGUGUCUAUCAGGAUCGCACCUGUCUGGCCUUGAUCCAGAGCCCAAGCUGAAAGAGCGGAAAUACUUUCAUUUCCAUCGAGCUAUUCAGGAUUUGAAGGAUAACAUUAAUGCCUCAUCAUCUCAAAGCAAGGGCCAGGGCAUGGAUGAGGAUGAACAACAGCUGCUCGUCGAGGAUCCGAUCAUCGCAUCCACCAUUGCUCUCAGCCUGAACACCAUCUGCGAAGGCGAGACCAACGGCGAAUAUCGACCACACAUGGACGCGGCCCGGUAUCUCCUCGUCUCGCAGCAACCCCGCAACGAAAAAUUCCGGCAGUUCAUCGUCGAGUUCUUCCAAUAUCACGAUGUUUCCAAUGCCCUCACAUCUCUGGACCGCCGUCCCGCUCUGAUGCAUGGUGGGCUGCGCUUACCCGACUUCGUCCCCGGGGCCCAGGCCGGAGCCUUCCUGGGCGUGUUUGAUGGCUUAUUCAACUACAUCUCCGACAUCACCCAACUGCGAGACCGUAUUCGCCAGCGUUUCAACGAGGGCUAUGAGCCUGCCGUGGACUACCAGACGCUGAGUGAGGCCGUCCAGAUCGAUAGCGCCAUCCGGACCUGGAAGACCUCGCACGAGGAAGACACCCCGAACUGGCUCCUCGCCCAAGUCUACCGCCAGUCCACCUGGGUCUACCUGUACCGCACGAUCCGGCCCUCACGCCCGAGCGACAAGAUUGCCCAAGUCGUCGACGACGGCCUAUCCUAUUUGGACCGCCUGCCGCAGGAUGCCGGUGCCUACAGCAUUGUCCUAAUGCCGCUCUUCCUGCUCGGAUGCUCGGCAUUCCUCCCGCACCAGCGUGAACGCAUACAACGUGGCUUUGAAUCACUUAAAGCCUACUCCAAUCUCCGCAACAUCGAGCCCGCCUUCAAGGUAGUGGCUCGAGUGUGGGAUAUCAUGGAUACGAAAAUCGAGGACAGCUGGGACUGGGAAAAGAUCAUUCAUGACAUGAACAUGGACUUCCUGAUCACUUAA